AGCAACGUGCAGGAAGCCACUGUGGAGGGACAAAGGUCAAAACAAGGAGACCACAUCAGAGUCCAGGGGCAAUGGGCUCCUCUAGAAAUGGGGACUGUGGAGCCCCAUUUGUUAGAGCCCUGAAGGGCAGAGCUACUACUACAUGCACCCUUCCUGCCUGGGCAUCCUGCCUGUAAGGGUCACCUCCUCUGCAGCUGGAAAUACAGCGGGAGAACCAGGGAUGGAUCAGAGGACCAACUGGCCCAGGAUCAGAGCUACCAUCCUCAAAGAGGGCAUGCUGACCAAACAGAACAACUCGUUCCAGAGAUCCAAGAGGAGGUACUUUAAGCUUCGAGGGCGAACACUGUACUAUGCUAAAACUGCAAAGUCGAUCAUAUUUGAUGAGGUAGACCUGACUGAUGCCAGCGUGGCAGAAUCCAGCACCAAAAAUGUCAACAACAGUUUCACGGUCAUCACUCCCUGUAGGAAGCUCAUCUUGUGUGCCGACAACAGGAAAGAAAUGGAAGAUUGGAUUGCAGCACUCAAGACUGUCCAGAACAAGGAACAUUUUGAGCCUACCCAAUACAGCAUGGACCAUUUCUCAGGAAUGCACAACUGGUACGCCUGUUCCCACGCACGGCCAACCUAUUGCAAUGUGUGUCGUGAAGUUUUGUCUGGGGUCACAUCCCAUGGGCUAUCCUGUGAAGUGUGUAAGUUUAAGGCUCACAAACGAUGUGCUGUGCGUGCAACCAGUAACUGCAAAUGGACCACACUGGCCUCGAUUGGGAAGGAUAUCAUUGAGGACGAGGAUGGGAUUGCUAUGCCCCACCAGUGGCUGGAAGGAAACCUGCCUGUGAGUGCGAAGUGCAUUGUGUGUGACAAGACUUGUGGCAGCGUGUUGCGCCUGCAGGACUGGCGCUGCCUCUGGUGCAAGGCCAUGGUUCACACAUCAUGCAAAGAGUCCUUGGUGACAAAGUGUCCACUUGGCCUGUGCAAGGUGUCUGUCAUCCCUCCCACAGCACUCAACAGUAUUGACUCCGAUGGGUUCUGGAAGGCUACUUGUCCCCCAUCUUGCACAAGCCCUCUGCUGGUCUUCGUCAAUUCCAAAAGUGGAGACAACCAAGGUGUAAAGUUUCUCAGAAGAUUCAAGCAACUGCUGAACCCUGCCCAAGUUUUUGACCUCAUGAAUGGAGGACCACAUCUUGGUUUACGGUUAUUUCAGAAGUUUGACACCUUCCGGAUUCUGGUUUGUGGCGGGGAUGGCAGUGUUGGCUGGGUCCUCUCUGAAAUUGACAGCCUCAACCUUCACAAACAGUGUCAGCUAGGUGUGCUGCCCCUGGGGACAGGGAACGACCUGGCCCGUGUUCUCGGCUGGGGCUCUGCCUGUGAUGACGACACCCAGCUCCCUCAGAUCCUGGCGAAGCUGGAGAGGGCCAGUACUAAGAUGCUGGACAGGUGGAGUGUCAUGGCAUAUGAGACCAAGCUCCCUCGGCAGGCCUCCUCCUCCACGGUCACUGAGGACUUCAGCGAGGACUCAGAGGUGCAGCAAAUUCUCUUCUAUGAAGAUUCAGUUGCAGCCCAUCUUUCUAAAAUCUUGACUUCCGACCAGCAUUCGGUGGUGAUCUCAUCAGCCAAAGUGCUCUGUGAGACAGUGAAGGACUUUGUGGCUCGGGUAGGCAAGGCCUAUGAGAAGACAACAGAGAGCUCGCAGGAGUCGGAGGUCAUGGCCAAGAAGUGCUCUGUCUUGAAAGAGAAGCUGGACUCUCUCCUCAAGACCUUGGAUGAUGAGUCUCAGGCUUCAUCCUCUCUGUCCAACCCACCUCCAACCAUUGCUGAGGAGGCCGAGGAUGGGGAUGGAUCAGGAAACAUCUGUAGCUCUGCUGGGGACCGGCUGGUGGGCUCCUCAUGCCCCUCCCGGCCACAGAUCUUCCGGCCACGGGAGCAGCUAAUGCUGAGAGCAAACAGCCUGAAGAAAGCAAUUCGCCAGAUUAUAGAGCACACGGAAAAAGCGGUGGAUGAGCAGAAUGCCCAGACUCAGGAGCAGCAGGGUUUUGUCCUGGGCCACUCUGAGUCUGAGGAGAAGAAGGACCUGAAAACUGACAAUAGGGUGUGCCUACCAUCUGCCCAUAGUGAGAGCUGUGUGAUUGCCAAGGGGAGGAGCCACCGAAAAGCAUCCAGAGCCCCUUGUGAGAAGCUGAUGAGCAAAGGUCUGUCCCUUGGUAGCUCUGCUUCGCUCCCUCCCCAGACAGGGAGCCGGGACGGCCUGCCAGCUCUGAACACCAAGAUCCUAUAUCCAAGUGUUCGGGCAGGGAUGUCUGGCUCCUUGCCAGGGGGCUCAGUCAUCAGCCGCUUGCUAAUCAAUGCUGAUCCCUUUAAUGCUGAACCUGAAAACCUAGAGUACUACACAGAGAAAUGUGUCAUGAACAACUAUUUUGGCAUUGGCUUGGAUGCAAAGAUAUCUCUCGACUUUAACAACAAGCGUGAUGAACACCCAGAGAAAUGCAGGAGUCGGACUAAGAACAUGAUGUGGUAUGGUGUCCUUGGCACCAAAGAGCUGCUGCACAGAACCUACAGGAACCUGGAGCAAAAGGUCCUGCUGGAGUGUGAUGGGCGCCCGAUUCCCCUCCCGAGUCUUCAGGGAAUUGCUGUCCUCAACAUUCCCAGCUAUGCUGGAGGGACCAACUUCUGGGGGGGCACCAAGGAAGAUGAUACUUUUGCAGCUCCGUCAUUCGAUGAUAAGAUUCUGGAGGUGGUUGCUGUGUUCGGCAGCAUGCAGAUGGCUGUGUCUCGAGUAAUUAGGCUACAGCAUCAUCGGAUUGCCCAGUGUCGCACAGUGAAGAUCUCCAUCCUGGGGGACGAGGGUGUGCCUGUGCAGGUGGAUGGGGAAGCCUGGAUCCAGCCCCCUGGCUACAUUCGGAUCGUGCACAAGAACAGGGCACAGACGCUGACCAGAGAUAGGGCCUUUGAGAACACUCUGAAGUCUUGGGAAGACAAACAGAAGUGUGAGCUGCCCCGCCCACCAUCCUUUUCCCUGCACCCUGAGAUCCUGUCUGAGGAGGAAGCUACCCAGAUGGACCAGUUUGGACAGGCAGCAGGGGGCCUCAUUCACAGCAUUCGGGAAAUAGCGCAGUCCCACAGAGACAUGGAACAAGAACUUGCACACGCUGUCAAUGCCAGCUCCAAAGCCAUGGAGCGAGUAUACGGCAAGCCCAGAACGUCAGAGGGGUUGAACUGCAGCUUUGUUCUGGAGAUGGUGAAUAACAUCAGAGCACUACGCAGUGAGACAGAGCUGCUGCUGGCUGGCAAGAUGGCCCUGCAGUUGGAUCCCCCGCAAAAGGAGCGGCUUGGGGCUGCCCUAGUCGAGAUGGACCGGCAGCUCAGGAAGCUGACAGACACUCCCUGGCUUUGCCAGCCCAUGGAGCCUGGUGAGGAAGAGAAUGUGAUGCUGGAUCUUACUAAACGCAGCCGCAGUGGUAAAUUCCGCCUUGUGACCAAGUUUAAAAAGGAGAAAAACAAUAAGAACAAAGAAGUUCACAGUAGCCUAGGAGGCCCUGUUCACCUCUGGGGGACAGAGGAGGUUGCUGCCUGGCUGGAGCACCUCAGUCUCUGUGAGUAUAAGGACAUCUUCACGCGGCACGACAUCCGGGGCUCUGAGCUCCUGCACCUGGAGCGGAGAGACCUCAAGGACCUUGGCGUGACCAAAGUGGGUCAUAUGAAGAGGAUCCUUUGUGGGAUCAAGGAGCUGAGCCGGAGCUCCCCUGCCGCCGAGGCUUAGCCUCUGUAUUCUCUGCCUGCAUCCUCCGCUCCUCCCAAGACUGAGGCCCAGGGAGGACACUGCCACUACUUAGCCCUUGGCCUUUCUCAUGGUGCUAUUCCCUUUGUUAGUGACAGGAAGCCUGAUAUCUGAUAGUAA